AUGUCGACCGCCGUUCAGCCCAUUCUUCCCCAAGGCGCCGGCUAUGGCGUCGUCAUUGGAAUCGGGUUCUUCUUCGCCUUGGUCAUGUCUGGCGUUUCGUACUUGCAGAAUCGUUACACCAAAUACUCGACCAAGAUGAGUGAAGAAUUCAACACGGCCAGUCGCAGCGUCAAGCCGGGCCUGAUAGCCAGCGGCGUGGUAUCGGCGUGGACGUGGGCGGCCACCUUGCUGCAAUCCAGCACCGUUGCGUACGAAUAUGGCGUCUCGGGCCCCUUCUGGUACGCCGCCGGCGCGACGGUCCAGAUCUUCAUGUUCUCGGUCCUGGCAUGCAAAGUCAAGCAGAACGCUCCUCGAUGCCACACGUUCCUGGAGAUCAUCUACUACCGUUACGGCAGGGUGACUCACAUCAUCUUCAUCUUUUUUGCUUUGAUGACCAACAUCCUGGUCGCCUCCCAGCUGCUGCUGGGUGGUAGCGCCGUCGUCACCACACUGACGGGCAUGAACGUGUACGCGGCCAUUUUCCUCAUUCCUCUCGGUGUCGCCAUUUACGUCGUCCUGGGAGGUCUUCGGGCGACGUUCCUCUGCGACUAUUCUCACACCGUCAUCGUCAUGGUCAUCAUCUUGUACUUUAUGUUCUCGGUCUACACUUCCAACGAUCUGAUCGGAUCUCCCGGCAAGAUGUACGACCUGUUGGUCCAUGCGGGUGAAGUGCGACCCGUCGACGGCAACCAAAACGGAUCGUACGUCACCCUCAAGUCCAAUUACGGCUUGAUCUUUGGUGUCAUCCAGCUUUGCUCCGGUAUGGGCACCGUGUUUCUGGAUCAAGGGUAUUGGCAACGCGCCAUUGCGAGCCGCCCGACCACGGCGGUGCGAGGCUACAUCAUGGGCGGCUUUGCCUGGUACGCCAUUCCGUUCGGGUUCGCCACCACUUUGGGUCUGGCGGCGGUCGCACUCACCGACAACCCGGCGUAUCCCACGUACCCCAACAACAUGACCGCGGAGCAGGUGUCGGCAGGUCUGGCGGCUCCGUUUGGGGCCGCGGCGUUGCUAGGCCAGCACGGCUGUGUCGCGUUGCUGUUGACGCUUUUCAUGGCCGUCACGUCGUCCUCGUCGUCCGAGUUGAUCGCCGUGUCGUCCAUCCUGACCUUCGACGUGUACAAGGUCUAUGUCAAGCCCAAGGCCACGCCGAAAGACCUCAUCUUUGUUUCUCAUGUCAUGAUUUGCGUCUUCGCCGUGGUCAUGGCCGCGUUUGCUUGUAUCUGGCAGGCCAUCGGCAUCAGUCUGGGUUGGCUCUUUCUGGUCAUGGGUCUCUUGAUCGGUGGUGCCGUGUUCCCCGCCGCGUUUGCCGUCACCUGGAAAGGCCAAACCCGAGCCGGCGCCAUCGCGGGUGCUCUGUCCGGAUUGGCCGCCGGUCUCAUCGCAUGGCUGGUCGAGACCAAAGUGUACUACGGCGAGUUCACCAUUGCCACCACCGGUUCAUCGUAUCCGACACUGGCCGGGAACAUGGCGGCAGUCUUGACGGGGUUGAUCGUGACCACGGUCGUCUCCUGGGCCAGACCCGACAAUUUCGACUGGUCCGUCACCCGCGACAUCAACGCGCCGUCUUCCCUGUAUGGCGGCGAGACGACAGUUGAUGCUUCGGUCGACAGAGCCCCCGAACAGCAACAGGAAGCGAAUCGCAAUCUCCCGACUGUGAUUGACGAGGAGAAAGAAGAAGCCGAGGACGCCGCGGUGCUGGAAAAUCCCAAGGCACUGCAACGCACGUUUAUGAUGGCUUUGGUCCUGUCCACCGUGCUGUCCAUCACCAUGGACGUCAUCGUCCCCAUCCCCAUGUUUCUCAGCCACUACAUCUAUUCCAAGGCCUUCUUCACCUUUUACGUCGUCAUCAGCUUCAUCUGGGUCUUUGCCGCUUUCGGUCUUUGUGGCAUCCUGCCCGUCUGGGAGACCAGACGCUUCUGGCGCGAGUUUGUCGGCGAGGUUUUUGGCGGCAGCAGCAGCACCACACGGACGACCGUCGUCGAGGGCGUUUUGCCUGAUGCUGGCAAGGCCGUCUCGGAGAAAUCGGGCAGUGGCACCGUCACCCCUGCUCCGGACCACGGCAACGUUGAGGAGCUUAAGGCUUGA